GGCGCGGCUCGGCUCGGCUCGGCUCGGCUGGCUUGGCGUUGCAGCUACUGCCACCGCCGCGGGGCGGCGCCCCAGCAGGCAGGAAGAUUGGGUAUUCCUCAUACAUAACCUUGAGCUGGAUCUCAAGUCCUGCACAUCUAGGAUCUUGUGAAUUGGCUAAGAAUCACAGACCAUUUGGCUAAGUAUUUCCUGCAGACUCCUUUCUCAUCUGUGCUUGGAAGUGGCACAGCUUGCUCAAAAAAGUAGCCAUAGGUUAGGGCUGUAGAAAGCUGGGAUCUGUAUAUGUUUUAGCUCAUGCAGUGCAGAGUAGUUAAGUUUGUGCUCCGUUUCUUCAUUGACUCCUUUCUCUGUGAUUUCAUUUCUUAGUCCUUGUGGUGGGGUAAAAAACAGUGCAGUGGUGACGAUGGCUGGUUCCUUUGCCCCCAGUGUGCAGAAUAUUGCUGCUAUUAUGGAGACUCAGGGUACAGGAACAGCCUGAGUUGUUAACUUCUUGUAGCCAGCAGCUUCUGGUUUAAUUGCACUGCCUAGCCCAUGGAGCUGAUGCAUCAAUCUUACUUAGCCUUAGACUCCUCACUUUGAAAUGUUGCUGCUUUCCAUUCCUGCUUGGCUUCUGUGAUCUUCACAGUUUGCAAGGGGCCAGCAGUUUGUUUAUUCUAUGAAGUCUAUCAAGCGUUCAGACUCUACAGCAGUAAGCAGAAUGGAAACAUGAAAAAUUAAUGUAAUGUUUGAUUGAAAACGUGCCUCAUUGCUUGCAUCUUCCUUACUGGUAGUUUAUUUUGCUUCGGAUAUUAACAAGUACACUGACCAGUCUAUAUAAAUUUACUGUUGUGCGUGCAGGUUGGAUUUGGAGGUGGUUGUUGCUGGUUACAUACUAGGCCAGUUCCAGAUGUGUACAAAACCAGAUUUGCCUUGGUGGCCCCAGUGGCAGCUUAAACCACGAAGCUGUGCUUCAGAUAUAAUGUGUGUCCAGUUUUUCCAUUAGAGUGCCUUGGUGUCGGCGUGGAAGAAGUGACUCUUCACCAAGUAGACUAUAAAUGGACAAUAGUGACUAGUCUGAGGGAGAGAGAUCUGCAUGUGGCCCAGUUAAUCCCAUUUGCUUGCAUUUGAGUGGCAUAUUGAAACGCUUCUAACACAGAAAAAUCUAGGUUGGAAGGGACUUCUGGUGGUCAUCUGAUCUGAUCUCCUGCUCAAAGCAUGUUCAAUUAAAUCAGGUGCGAGAUGUCUGCCCUGAGGUUGAUUUCUAACAGAACCUCCCAGCAGGCCUUGUCUAACUCUGAUUACACCUGGGAGUAUGAGUACUAUGAGUACGGACCAGUGUCAUUUGAAGGCCUGAAGGCUCAUAAAUAUUCCAUUGUGAUUGGAUUUUGGGUUGGUCUUGCAGUUUUUGUCAUCUUCAUGUUCUUUGUCCUGACCCUGCUGACGAAGACAGGAGCACCACAUCAAGAAAAUACAGAAUCUUCUGAAAAAAGAUUUCGGAUGAAUAGCUUUGUGGCAGAUUUUGGAAGACCUUUGGAGUCGGAGAGAGUCUUUUCUCGUCAAAUAGCUGAAGAGUCUCGGUCACUUUUCCAUUUCUGCAUUAAUGAAGUGGAACACCUAGAGAAAGCACAACAAAGUCAGAAAGGUCCAGAUCUGGAGAGUAAUAUCUGUUUCCAGGCAGUUUCCAGGAGCAGUGGAACGUUGGAGGAGGACCUAAAUUGUCUUACAAAAUUUAACAUUCCUAACUUCGUGAACACUGAGCAGAAUUCUUCACUGGGUGAGGAUGAUCUGCUCAUCUCAGAGCCACCGAGAGUUUUAGAAAGCAAAACAGUCAUGCAAUCUUCCCAUAGGAUUCUUGACUGAAAAUUCCUUAUGGUAAAAAUUCCUGUUUUUGUCCAGUUGGAAGACCUUCUCCACCUUCUGGCUAUUUGGGUAGAAGGUAUUUCAGGCAUGUACUUUUUUUUUUUAUUAUUGUAUGUAAGAAUGGCUGUGCUGACAGAACAGUCCAUGUGAUAAUUAAAACGCUAAAUGCUUAAUUCCAGUGCCUUCUGUGGUCUAAGCCUCUUGUCCAGUGUUAGGUUUUCUUCCUGUCGGUUGGUUUUUUGGUGGUGUUUUGGAUUUGGUUUUGGUUUUAAAUGACUGCCUACCUCCAGCUUCUGAAGCUACCACAAUCUUUGGGGACUGUGAAAGCUGGAGGCUGUUUCAGAGGAUGACCAAGAAAACUGUAACCACAGACUGAAGCUGAAGCAAUUACUAAGCAGGCAGCCCUUGGGGAGGUUGGGCAGCUUCUGCCAAACCCAGAACAUCUGAAACAGAGCAGCACAAUGGAUACCUGCAUGGUAUUAGUUCCUGCUUCUAAUUUCUACAUACUUUUGGGUACAGGUGAGACCCUACGUGCAAGCUUCCAGAGGGAAUACCUUGUAUGUUAAAUGGAUCACUUACAGCGUUUACAAACUGUUGCCACCACCUGCUGCUGCCUAGAAAAAGCAAAUUGGGGCCUGCAAUUACAGUACUUCAGUGUGACAUUCUGUCAGUGAUGCCCUGAAAUCACUGUUCUACACACAUUAAUGUGAUUUUUAUUGUUGAUGUGAGCUUCCAGUUUGGUAAGUGCAGAAUUUGACUGCUAAAUUACAGGAAAUGAGAUGAAAAAUAUUCCUCUGUUGCCAAUAGAGUUAACGUGCUACCACCAUCACCAUUUGCAUGUAAGUUGUUCUUUGCUUAUCAGCUCUAGGAACUUCCUUUUUUGGCUGGCCAGACAAUGAAGGGCUGCAGAGAGGCUCUGAGCUGAUUUGAGGCCUCCUUCAAAGCCUCACUGUACUUGUUCCAUUUUCUGUAGCGAGCUGAGGUGCUACUGCAACCACAGCUGUUUUCCCAGCUAGGGGUUUGUAAAUAAAAUGAAUAAGUAUAACUUCAAUCCUUAAGUUUCUCUUUUUUUUUUAGAAGGAACAAGGUUCUGAACCUUAGCCAUUAUUAAAUUUUUGGACAGCUUUCUUAUGGCGUUGGUUAACUAACAGCCGAAUGGUUUUAGAGCAAGCCCACUGAGCGCAGAUGCAGGUCUGCUGAAUGUGGAGUAACAACGCCUUGCAGGAAACUCCUAAUUCACAUCAAACUAGUCAAGAUCACAUGCCUAACUAGGCUUUUUCAAAAGUAAUCUGCUUUUUAUGUAACGUCUUUCUUUUUGUCCAAGUGAAAAAGUUGCAGUGGCCCGCUUAUAGGUUGCUUAGAGACACAAAUUUAAAUGAACUCAGUAUUCUCCUUCCGUGACAAACGGGGGGGGGGGAAGGGUUGGGAAGAAUGGGUUGUGCAUUUAAGUACAGGAAGUAGGGGAAAUGUCCCAUUUUUCAUCUCCUGUGCCUUCAUUACCAUCCACCUACACCUAAAUUUCCAGCUUUCAAAUGUAAUUUUUUGCACUGUUUCCUUGCAUCGUGGUAGGGAUCGUGGUUAAAGUAAAGCAGCAGCUCUUUAAAACUAUCAGCUUAUUGUUGAAAAUAGUUCCUCUAUUACAUAUAUAUAUAUUAAAAAUACAUAUAUUAUAUACUAUUAUAGUUCCUCCAGCUCUUCUUAAGUAAGUGUUCUUUGAUUAAGCCAGAAAGUCUGCCAUGAGUGUGGUACUUUGGAUCCCAAACAUUUUGAAGUGAAGUUUAGGAUGAAGCUGAAACUUUUCAUUGUUGUCUAUGUACAAGGGAGGGAAACACAACGUGCCAAGAUCAACUUAACUAGGGCAAUCUAUCUAUCACCUCCUCUGCAGAGAAACCCUAGGUGGUUCCAGAGUGAAAUUCAUCUUCAUCCCACCAUCUGAGGGCAAACCAUUGCCUUCUGAAUGCGGCCCUGCUUCCCCCUGAGGGCGCUCAAGCAUCUCUGCUGCCCAGUGGUUAAGCUUUUGUCUGAACUGAAGCUCAAGUGUGACAGAGUUCUUGCUAAAUGCAGCUUUUAUUGCCUUUUUCUGGAUAAGUGAGCUGUUUUCAAUUAUAUUUGAUCUACUGUUUGCCUUUACCAUCCUUGAAACUAGUGAUAGGACUAGAGAGAAUGGCCUCAAGUUGCACCAGGGGAAGAUUUAGGCUGGACGUUAGGAAAUACUACUUUUCUGAAAGAGUGGUCAGGUGCUGGAAUGGGCUGCCCAGGGAGGUGGU